AUGCCAUCUAAGAAUAGUAUUAACAGACCGAAAUUGACUACUAAUUUGAAGAGCAAGGCUCAGAAAGCAGGGUUGAAAAGAUCUCAAAGAGAACAAAGGGGUGAUUUCAAACCAGCUAGAUCAAGUGAACAAUCUAAAUCCGGUGAAAUCAAAUCCGUUGCAUUGGAUCUAUAUUUCCAAAAUGAAAAAGGUAAAAACGAUAGUGAUGUUGUCGUAAAAAACGGCCCAAUAACGAGAAAGACGUUAUCUAAGAAACGUGCAAAGAAAAUUGAAAGAAAUUUGAAAUAUGCUCAACAGAGAAAGAAAGAGUUACAAAUAUUGACCGAUUUACAAGCUAAAAAAGAUAAUGAAAUGGAUUUAGAUCUUGAUUCAAUACGUAAUAAUAAUAGUAAUCGUAAUAAGAACAAAAUAUUAAAAAAGAGUAAAUUAUCAUUAAUUAAAGAUGCCAUGUGGAAUGUUCUAGAAGACACCCAAUCUAUAGGAAACUUAUCAUUAUCUACUUCAGGCCAAGGUACAACACUUGGUGGUGCAUGGUUCCCAUGA